UUGUCUUUCUACGGAGACAGUUUUCACACUACAUUUCCCAGCAUCCUUUGCGAUAAACGCGCUCGAAUUGACGACGUGGCUGGCAUACGUCUCAUCAUCCCGGGGCUUCAGCGAGCUGGUGCGAUUCAAGUAGGGGAACCGGCUCCGCUUAUUUCCUGCACUGUGCUUAGGUCCAUGUCGGGAAAAACCAAGAGCCGAAAUGCCGCCAAUGCUGACUCGAUGGCUGGUGGAGUGUCCUGCGAUGAACGCAUCCUGCGGGAGAUUCAUCAGCUGUACACGGACAAUGAUAGUGGGUUGAUUACAGUCGCUGAGUCCGUUGGUAUUAAAUUGCUGCCGCCCAGGAAAAAGAUCACAGUGAUGCUCAUGGGAAACCACUCUGCCGGAAAGAGCUCCUUCAUCAACUGGUAUGUGGAGGAACACAUCCAGCGAACUGGAGUAGCCAUCGAGACACAAGGCUUCAGCUUUGUUACAAAUGGACGAAAGAGAGAAUCCCUCACAGGAAACGCCACCCUUCAUCUUUAUCCGCAUUUCAAGCCUCUGCAGGAGUUUAAAGGAGUCUCAGAGUAUUUGAGCACAGAGAUCUGCACGUCGCGACAGAAGCGGUUUAGCCUGGUGACAUUUGUGGAUUCUCCAGGCUUGGUGGACGGUGACAUGAAGUACCCGUUUGACGUGGAUGAUGUUCUUCUGUGGCUCGGGGAGCUUUGUGAGCUUAUUCUGGUCUUCUUUGAUCCCAUGGGUCAGGCUCUUUGCAAGCGCACCCUCAACAUUGUGGAGAAGCUGAAUGAAAAACAAGGCGACCGGCUGCGCUUUUACCUGAGCAAGGCCGAUGAAGCCGGGGGAGAGUCGGACAGACAGAGAGUGAUGAUGCAGAUUGUCCAGGAGCUCUGCAAGCGGCCCGGCCUCAAUAAAUGUGGCUUUGACAUGCCCACCAUCUACAUCCCUAAUCCAAACAAGCCCAGUCGCUGCAUCAACCAAAUUGAGGAUGUUUGCCGUACGAUCGAGAAAACUAUCAACCAGACCGUCCAGACUACCCUCAACUCUCUGGAAAGGGACUGUGAGCUCGUCAGUGAGGCCAUUACAGACACGCUCGGCAACGACAGGCUGACCAGCCUGACCAACCGACGUUCACGCUGUAAGAGCUGCUUCCUGACCCUGCUGGGUUUCUGUGUCCCUCUGGCCCUGCUGGCCUUUGUGGCGCUGGGCAGUCUGUCCAAGGAGCUGCUGGAGAUGGUUCUGGGCCAACAAGGGACAGAAACACUCUCCCUCUACCUGACUCCCAUUGUGAGAAUAUUUAACUCCCUGUCGGAUGAGAUGAAGAUCUACGUCAGUGGUGGAUCCGUCCUUCUCUCAUUCCUGUUGAUCAUCUUUGCACGCUUCUCCAUGGGGACUAAGGCGACCCUAUCGGGGAGACAGAAACGGCAGCUACAGGAGAAGCUGGGCUACAUUCAGGACGUGGUCAAGACCAAAAAGAAAAAGCUCUAUGAGGAUUACCUGCGCCAGAGUGUCAACGAUCAGGACAUGGACUUGUAGAGAUGUGUGCAAAAACACCAAUCCCAGGGUUUAGGACCAAUUAAAUAGUUUGUCAAGGUUUUACGCCAGCUACCGUUAAACUCGGACCACUCGAUUAUGUAUUUUUAAUCCUUUUACAAGGUACACCAAAAUCUUCUGCUUUUGACUUCUAUAAAACCAGUUUACCUGUUAAUAUGAUGUCACCUCUGUUUGAACCAUGAAAACUGCCCGUUUACAGAUGACAUAAGCCUGUUACUAAUCACUCAUUUCUUCGGAGCGUUCUUCCAUAUUUGUAUACUGUGCCUCUGCUCCAAUCAUCUUAAAUCCGGUACAUACCACUUUGGGAUACAGAAAUCUUUUCAAACUAUAAGAGCUUGUAGCGCUGAUUUGUGAGUCACUUUGUAUAUGUCACAGAUUUUGAGAACCUUCACCAGCAUUUUGAUAGCUUGUCAUGGAGUUUGUUUUGUGUUGAUCCAGAGCAUAUGAGUGUUUAUGGAUGAUGAUUAUUGACCAGUAUUCAAAACGGUUAUCAGUGACGAGGUCAAGGGGUUUUAUUUUAUUUUUGUUUUGUUUUUUUGUACUCUGUCUGUGCAUUGUUACCAGGUUUUAUUUACAGCUAUAUAAUUUAAAAAUAAACUCAGUAAUUCAAAUGAGUCUUUUUCUUGGUAUGUUUCAUGUUCUCAUA